AUGACUUCAGAUUCUUUCCGCGCCAUCAUUGUAGGGGCCGGCCCAACCGGGCUAGCAUUGGGAAAUUUGUUAGCGGCAGCAAACAUCGACUUUAUCAUACUUGAGCGGCAUCGGAGUGUGAUUACCGAGUCGGGGGCAUGUAUCAUGCUGUGGCCUCACACCACCCGCGUACUUGACCAACUGGGACUGAUGGAUAAGGCCGUUCGUAGUGCACUGCCUCUUGAUACAAAGACAGUCAUCGACUGUAACGGAAAGCAAGUGAGCAGUGAUCCCGCUUUUCGGUUGAUUGAGCAGAACCAUGGCUAUCCUGCUCUAGCCUACCCGCGUCCGGAGCUAAUAAAGUUGCUAUAUGAAGGUCUCGAAGACCACAUGUCCAAGAUCAAGACGUCCUCAUACAUCCAAGAUAUUGACAUGGAUGUAGACGGGGUCCAAGUCCGUCUCAAAGAUGGCAACGUAGAACGAGGAUCUUUAGUCAUUGGCUGUGAUGUGGAAAGGGAGGCGACAAAGGAUGGCAUCGCUGUAAGGGAACACCGCCACAUUGCUGAGUUUGAAUGUCUAUUUGGAUCAGCAACAUCGAUCUCUGAGGUUCCAGCUCGCGUUUUCUGGGAGUCUCAUGGACCAGGUGUAGCUACACAGAUGGCAUCUGAUGGGUUGACUUGUCGCUUUAGUAUCUGGAAGCGCUUGGCAGAACCAGUAGAGAGAAAGCGCACCUCUACAGAAAACGAGACAGAGAGGUUUAUGGAAAAAAUGGGAGAGGUGCUAAUGGCUCCUGGCUUUUACGCCAAGGACUUGAACAAAUACUGCACAUGGAAAAGGCUGGUAUAUCAGCCAGAGGGGGUGGCAGAGCAAUGGUAUCAUGAUCGUAUCGUUUUGUGCGGAGAAUCGGUUGCACAAAUGACCUCGAUUAACGGCAUGGGUUUUAAUGUGGCCUUUCAGUCUGCUGUACUCCUUGCUAAUAAGCUCCACGCAGUACUGAAGUCAGAUCCGAAACCGAGAACGGAGACCCUUGCGGCGGCAUUAGCAGACUAUGAAGAGACGCGCAAGACAGAAACACAGGCCAUCAGCAAGAUUUCGGUAUAUUAUAUUCGUGCUGCUACCUGGUCGUCUUGGCCAGGCAGAGUAUUCAUCGACUACAUACUGCCAUGGUUCUGGGGAGAAACGGGCCUGGUUAGGAAAUUGGGAGAGGGGAUCUCGAAGGGGAGAAAACUCGAUUUCAUCCAUUACGAAGACAAGGUUGGAAAGGUUCCGUGGGAAAGGUAUUCCAAUUAG